UUUCUCUCUUCCUCCUCCUCCUCCUCCUCUUCUUCUUCUCUUGUUAUGACUCAUUUCAGGAGUGACUGCCACCGAGACAGACACGCCGGGAUGAACGGCGAGCAGAGAGCCAGCCGCACCACGACGGCCAAGAGAGGAAGCGGCGCCUCCUACAGAUCUGACUAUGAGAUUGAGUAUGACAGAUACCCUGAUGACCACUAUAACAGGGUGUUUGACUACCAGCGUGUCCCCUCCUCAGUCCCGGUGGAUCCCAGCCCUGUCAAACGGCCCCGUCCUUCAUCCUCCUCCUCCUCCUCUUCCUCCUCCACAGCGGCUCUGAGGAUGAGGAGCAGCAGAGCGUCCAGCAGGAGCAACAACACACACAGCCCCUCCUCCGGCAGCAGCAACGCCAAAUUGAAGAUGGCGGAGCUUCUUGCCAUAAAGAGGGAGUUGACGGUGAUCAAGGUUCAGAUCGACGGCCUGCUGGACUGUGUAGACAAGAUGGACAGACAGAGGAAGGACUUCUCAGAGUGUCCUCAGAGCAGGGAGCCCAGUGUGUCGGGUUCUCCUCGUCGAGGUUCAGUCAGCAGUCUGGAGAGAGAAAGUCCUGAACCAGGAGAGGCCAGCGAGGACGAGCCGCUGCACUACCCCCACUACUACCCCCACAGCUACCCCCACAGGAUAAAGCAGCACCCAUCUGAUCUGGAGGACGACCUGUGAUUCCGCAGCUCAGAAACAGAAGCUUGAAUCUGUAACAGCUGGGAUGGAAGAUGCUUGAACUGCAUUGGACUGACCCUCCUCCACACCUGAAUCUGUCAUUACCUGUCCAUCACUGUCUUCUUAGCUCUGGUUUUCAUCAACAAAAUCCCCUGUGUAACUGGUCACGUGGGACAAUAUAGCUAAACCUGUGUUUCUGUAAAGCACCAUACAUACUGAUGGUAUUAGUUUUUAGAUCAUUUCCUAUCUUUCAGGCAGCCAGUAAACUACAACUACACUGUAAAAAUGGACUUACAGAAACUUGGCACAUUGGCUAUUUAUUUUAUUUUAUUUUGGCCUCUCUUUAGUAAUGCAAUCAAAGAUGGUGCGACAUCUUAAAACGAACAGUCUACCUACCAAAACGUGUCAAAUUCAUGAGCUAUGUUUGGCCCAUUUUCCAUAACAUAAGAAGAGUAAAAUUAACUUUUUGAUAAUAUCAUACAAGACUGCCUUGAAAUCCCCUGGCUGUCAGGCAACACUGUAGGAUAACAUCUGGAAUCGGCUCAGAUUUGGAAGUAUAUGGGCCAGAUUCGGGCCGAGGACCGAGGCAAAUUUAGGCUAGAAGUUUAAUUUUGCUAAAAAGAUCAUAUUGGCCCCAUUUAUCACCCUAACCAAUUGCUUCCCAUAGUGGACUCCACUCUGAUUUAUGUUAUUGAAGUCAGUGUGGCAGCAGCUGGCAGCUCCUUAUCACCCAUUUUAUUUUCAUCAGGCCUGUUAUCAUCAUGUGUAACCAGCUGUGUACAGGACUGCAUUAUAGUUGUGCAUUAAAGGCUCAGUGAGCACGGUUUUAUGAC